CUCACCUCUCGAUUUUCCAACAUCGAUCGCAGUCAGCGGUUGUGUAAUUUUUGUCACAAGAAUUUUAGCACUCGCUACAGAUCAAGUUACUGCAUCGCAAUCGAAACUGUUCUUUGGAUAAAUAGUAGGAAACAGCAGCAAUUAAUACAACCAAAACCCACAUUGUACAAUUUGAACGUUACGAAAAAAAAAUGGCAGACAGAAUGAUCACCAACGAUGCGACCGGCAUUACGACGAAUGGUGGAACGUCACCAUCCUUGAAUCAAUUGACCCCUCCAUUGAGUCCUAUCGUUCACCUCCAAAACCUGAACGAUCGUUUCGCAUCCUACAUUGAACGGGUUACUGUUUUGGACGGUGAAAAUGCCCUCCUCAAUUCUGUGCUGGCAACAUCAAAGGAGAGCUACGAUCGUGAAAAGACGGCAUUGAAGAAACUUUUUGACGAUGAACUGGCGGAAACGCAUAAACGUCUGAACGAAGUGUCAUCGGAAAAGGCUAACUUGGAGAUUGAGCACAUCAACGCUCUGCGUGACAACGACAAUUUGAAGUGUGAAUUGCGGAAACUUCGCCAACAGUUUGUGGAAAGCCAGGACCAUUUAAAGGCAGAAAUUAUCAUCCGAGUCGAAUCAGAAAAUACGGUGAAACAGCUUCGAGAACAGCUGGCGUUUCAAGAAGAAUUUUACAGUGAAGAAAUGAAUGAGGCUCGACGGCAAAUGGAUACAUCACAGGUGUCCGCUGAUAGCGGUUUGAGCGAUCAAUACAACAUUCAGCUUCAGGAAUCAUUGCAAGAACUUCGUGAUCAAUGUGGAGAUCAGAUACGUUCGAACCGAGACGAGCUCCAAUUUUUGCUCGAUGGUACAACGAGAAAAGAACGGAAUUGCCUUCAGCGCGAAAAUAAAUCUUUGCGCGCCGCUCUGGAGUGUUCCUUGAACAGGAAUGAUGUGAUACAAAUACGAAUCGAAGAAUUGGAGAAACUAAAUGCUGCUUUGAAAGCACAAACAUGCCAUUUGGAAUCGGCUUUGGCAGAAGAGAAGUCACGAAGUGACGAAAGUACGACUGAAGUGAAAACAUUGCAACAGGAAAUGGUUUCGCAGUUAAAAAAAUAUCAGGAUUUGAUGGACGAGAAUGUGUCGCUGUGCCUCGAGCUCGCUGCCUUUAAUAAACUCGUAUGCAACGAGUGCUUGAAAUUCGAACCGAGUGCUAAACGAUACCGAAAGGACAUUGAGUUCAGUAAGGAUGGUAUGGUUACAUCAUCAUCGGCUGGGAACAUUGAGAUAGGCGAAGUUGAUUCUGCGGGACAGUUCAUCAAAUUGCGCAAUAAAAGCGAAAACAAAGUUGUCUCGAUAGGCGCAUGGAAGUUAACACGACAAGCUGAUGGAAAUGAAACCGUCCACGAAUUUGGUCCUCUCGUUCAAGUGGACGCCGGGGCCGAUCUCACCGUUUGGUCAGCUGAUAGCGGUAUUUCCGAUUCGCCAGCUAAUAUAUUGGUUGCGCAAAAGUGGAUUGUGGGCGCUGAAACGAAAAUAACGCUGGUCAACGGCAGCGGUAAAGAAGAAGCAAAACGCAUGCAAAAGAAACAUUCACUUCGUCGCGUAGAGAUUCGUCAACCAAACGAGGAAGCGGAGAAGGACAAGAACGUACAGAAGUGCGAAGUCAUGUAAAGUAAGCAGAUUUUUUCUUUGUCUCUUUGAACUCCUUGAAUUAUUUUUCGUUUCGUUUUUCAUUUGAAUUUUAUUAAAGAAGAAUUCAAUUGAAGUCAAAUUUGUUUUUGUAUGAAUUUUGAGAUUUACCAAUAAAUAUGUUCUUUACGUUA